AUAUAUUAGGGUUUUAUGUGGGGACUUGUGUUCUUCUCACUGCUCUGCCUCUGCUGUGAGAGCUUCUCUGUCCUCACUUUCUUUCCUCUAUGCAUCACUCUGUGAUACUAGUACUUUUGUCUUCCGACAUUCUCUUGCCAGUUCCUGUUAGCAUUUUCUUGUCCGAAUUCGACACAAUCACCCACGCAAUGUGAGUGAUAGAAAUCAUACCCAUUUCAAGAAAAGCCAAAGUACUUCCUGGGUUACUGUAUUUUUUUUUUUUGGGUCUGAAACAGCUGUUUUGAGUUAAACCCUUUCUUUUAGAGAUGGAAUUCUCCAGUGGGUUUUCGUGGAAUCCUAUGUUUCAGGAGAUAAUAAGGCGCGGGUCGUCGUCUUCUACGUCCUCCUUGGUGUUGGAUGGUGAGAGGGGAGAGCUAGUGCAAGCCAUGGUGAGGCCAAGCCACAAGGGGGUCAAGGCUGAGAAAGCGUUAGAGGCUUUGAGGAACCACAGCGAGGCGGAGAGGCGGCGGAGAGAGAGGAUUAAUGGCCAUCUCACCACGCUUAGGAACCUCAUACCUGGCACAAAUAAGAUGGAGAAAGCAUCAUUACUUGCUGAAGUUGUCAACCAUCUAAAAGAACUGAGGAGAAAUGCGACAGAAGCUACUGAUGGUAUGCUAGUACCGACGGAUAUUGAUGAAGUAAAAGUUGAACAGCAGGAGGAUGGAUCAGAUGGAGCCUCUUGCGCAAUAAGGGCAUCUCUAUGUUGUGAUCAUAAAUAUGAGAUUUUGUCUGAUCUGAGGCAAGCUCUUGAUGCCCUCCAUCUGCAGACAGUGAGAGCUGAAAUCGCUACCUUUGGAGGCCGAAUGAUUUAUGUUUUUAUUAUAAGUUGUUGCAAAGAAAAGAAGAUGGAAGAUAUUGAAGAAUGCCGGCUUCUUGCGAGUUCUAUUCGCCACACCAUGAGGUCUGUGCUCGAUAAAUUUUAUGCUUCAGAGGAGAUUUCAUCGAGAAAUACACUUUCGAACAAGAGAAGAAGGGUUCCUUUCUUUGAAUCUUCAAUCUCAUCUUCAAUAGGAGAUCUCUGGUGAAAGAGACGAUUCGUUUGGUAGAUAGUUUCCAGAACAAAGGGGAUGGUUGCUGCUUAGAAAGAUAAAAGCAAAGAUUAGAAAACUUGGGUACACACAAGUGACAAAACCGUCCUUUGAAUGGAGGUUGGUUCCUGUAACCCUGUAGUCCAACUUGUAGCUUUUAUUCAUAUUAUUUGCUGCCACUUUUCAAAAUAAUAAGUUGAUAGGAGGCCGCAUUGACGCUGAAGUUUGUAAAGAUGACUGGUGCAAAGAUGUACCUACAAUAUCUCUCUCACACUAUGCACAGCAGACGACCUUUUAUUAAUCAAGUAAAUUAGUUUGACAAAUAUGGUGUUGAUCUGUAGGGGUAGUUUUAUCUGCACUUUGCAUGUACUCUGUAUCAAGGAAGAGGGGGAAAGCCAAAAACAAUUGACAGUAUAAGGCAAAAUGUUCCACUUGCCUCUUUUAUGAUUAAUUGUCUAAGUACGGUAUUGGUUUUCUGUACAGCCAUUUUGGCAAAGAAGACAGAUAUAGCUUUGCGACCUUCUUCUCUUACCUUCUCUCCCUCCUAAUGGAAUUGCCGGUCACGAAUUCUUGUAUUCCAUCCGUUGUUUGCACAGCCAUUAUCUACUCUCUUAUCCAUAUCUCUCCGGAGUCCCAUCCUUGCAGAAUAUUUUGAGUAAAAAUAAUUAAUUCACGGACAUGGUCAGAAGACCAUAAGUUGCUGUCACCAAAUUGGGAAACGCAAUUUAAAAGACUUGUGGGCACAUCUUUUACACACAUCUUGCACAGACAAUUUUUGUGGGGCCCACCUCGGGUCCACAAGAAUGAUCUGAACUGUUCUUUUUUCUUAAAAUACUUAUUCCAGGGUUCCUAUGAAAAAUUAGCUCGAUCAGGUACAUGUUUUCUCAGAAUUCAUACGGCAAAACUGAGUCAUUAUUACCUAUCAAUUUAACAUCUUGUUUCUUAUGUCUGAAAAUUGCUGUUAGAAGUAGUUAGAGGAACUCAAAACAUGGCAACACCAAUUGGAUAGGUUACAAAUUCUUUUACCUAGUCAACUGUCAUCGCAGGAAACAAGUGGUCUAGAGUGCAAUUCAAAACAUGGCUUCCGCAGAUGAUAAAAAAUAUAAAUCAGCUCAAAUAGGAGUUCUAUUAUUCUAUAUAUGAAUCUACCUCUUCUAGAUUGAAACUUUGAAACCUUGAGAAAUACUGGCAAGGGAAGUUGAGGGGCCACCAUGUGAUCCUCUUGGUAGUGUUAAUUACUAGCAGAACAAUGGGUAACAGAAGCAGAAAGAAAUUCACCUAUGAAAUAUGAAAUGGAUAUGAUUCAUGCUAAUCCUUCUGGACUUCUUGUUGCGUGUGGUCAUGAUUUUUCCUUGCAACAUUACUAGUCUCCUAUGCAUGAACUCGAACAUGUGGAACUCAGUCUGCUUUAAAGUGUUAUACCUGAAGUUGCUUCUGUAAUUCUCCACUAUCUUACUGCACGUGCAUCAAGUUUGUGUAAGUUCCCAGUUACUCUCUGCUUUUAUUAGAUUUCAUCUGUAUUCAUAUAUAAACUGCUGGAUGUUGGAACAUGUCGAGCUCGUGAAAAUGGAUUCUUCUCAUAUAUUGAAGUUUCAUUGAAAUAUCUUAGACUUGUACAUGAAUUUGAAGUUUCUAUCCGAAUUGACUUGUAUGCACAUUCUGUGGGGAAGAAAAGAGGGUUGAAACAUGAAACCAAAAGAAAGAGGAUUGAAACAUCGGUGGUAAAUUAUCUUGUUUUACAGAGCGGUCUGGUAUGUCAACAUUCUCUUGUCUAUGCGGUGCAGCUUAAGAAUGUUAAGAACAUCACUUAGUAUGGAUGCUUGAAGCAACACGCAAAAUAUAUCCUCGAGAUAGUAAGAAUUUACCAUAAAGUUCUAAUGCAAAUCGGGCAGGCAAAGGUUUGCAACUCUGUUGUGGUGUUAGUGAUUGCAAAACUUCAAAAGAGUAAAACAAAAUCUUGUUGAAAACUUGGUUAACCCCAAACAAAGAACUAGUAGUCAUAAUGAAAACAAACAAACAAACAAAUCCUCCUACUUCUGAAAUAAACUCAUUCUAGCCAGAAGGUCCUGUUAUCUUCUUGUAAACUCCUACAAUAGAUCCAUACCCAGUAAUUAGAUGCCAUGUUGAAGCUGCUCUCUUAUGUCUGAAAAUUGCUAUGAAAAGUACUGAGAAUUUUUUUUGAAAAAUGGCAACACAAAUCGGAUAUGUUAGAAAUUCUGUUACCUAGUUAACUGUAAUCUCAAGAACAGCUGUUGUCUAUAUUUGACCUUUCAGGCUUAUACAGAUUAUAUAAAUCAGCUCAAAUAGCAGUCCCUCAUAUGAAUCUCUCUCUGCUAGAUUGAAACUUGGAGUCUUGGAAACCUUGAGAAAUAAUGCAAUGUGGACGUUGAGAGGCCACCUUGUGAUUCUCUAACUAGUGUUUGUUAGUAGCAGAACAAUGAUUAACUAAACUAGGAGAGAAAUCCAGGUGUGAAGUACAAAAAGGAUACGAUUCAUGCUAAUCCUCCUGAACUGUGUCACUUGUUAUCAGGAUUUUUCCUUUCUUUUUUUUUUUUGAUCGGCCUUGAUUUUUCCUUUCUUGCAACAUUGCCAGUUUUCCUAUGCAUGAACUCAAAAAAUUGGAACCCUGUUCUCCUUUAGAAUGUAAUAUUUCUGAAGUUGUUUACUUCGAUUCUUAACUUUCUUAUUGUAUAUGCUGUAUGCAUCAUCAAGUUUGCUAGUUAAUCUUCCCGGUUACUUUCUCUUCUUAGAAACGCCUGCUUUUAUUAGAUAUCAUCUGUAUGUCAAAUAUAAACUGCUGGAUGUUGAAACACGUAAAGAACUAGUGAAAAUGGAUUCUUCUUAUAUGUCGAAGGUUCUUUGAAACAUCUUAGACUUGUAGAUGAGUUUGAAGUUUCCAUUUUAGUAGAAUUGUUCCAUUUUAGUAGAAUUGUAUGCACAUUCUGCGGGGGAGAAAAGAGAAUUGAACAUGCAACCAAAAGAAAGAGAAUUAAAACAUUUAGGUUUAAUAAUCUUGUUUCACUGAUAGCUGUCUGGUACGAUGACAAUUUUUGUUGUCCAUGCGAUACCAAGUAUAGAUGCUUGAAGCAACUCUUAAAAGAAAAUCCCAACAUUAUUAGAAUUUACCAUAGAGGAAAAAUUUCCAACUCUGAAGUUAGAUUAGUCAUUGCAAUACUAAAUAUAAGAAAGUUAAACAGAAUCAGGUUGAAAAGGUGUUUAAUAUCCUAACAAAGAACUAAUAAUGAUAACCGAAGAGAAGAAGAAACACGUCUUCCUCUCUAAACUACACUUAUUCUUACCUGAAGAUCCUGCUAACUUCUCAUUCUGGAAGAUCUGUACCACAGAAUUAAGAAACAAAGUAUUCUGUACCCCAAAAUGAAGGUCAACAUCACUGUUAAAUUGCUCCACUUUUGUGUCUCAUUCAAACCUUGUUGCAUCAAGAAGCCAUUGCCAUCCAAUAAGCAAUCUCCUCCCACACUCUCCAAGCAUCUCCCUUUCCCUUUCUCUCCACCAUACUCAUUUAUGAUAAAACACUCAAACGGGUACCUGAACAAACUCAAGUAAUACACAAAAAUCCAGCACCUCGAAAUGUCAUCCUUCGAUAUGAAAUACCCAGAAAAGAGGAAAAAAGACCCCAUAGUGCCUGCAAUCAAAGGAGCCCCCAUGAUGAAAUUUGGCACCAGUGCACCAAAACAUGUGACAAAGGAGUUUGACAUCAAAACAACUAGCCAAACCACCAGAGAGAAAUAUAGGAAACCGUUGAAAUCUCUCCUCAAUCCGACUAGCCAAUAAACCGGGAUUGUAUAGAGAAGAGCCACAAUUAGAAGGAAAGGAAGAAACACGGUAGUGGUUGCGAUAACAUAAGAAGAAACUCUAUAGGCUCCUCUGGAGGUUUCCCUCAUUAGAAUUCUCCUCUCUUCUAGAAAGAUAGGAAGUGCUUCUGUUGUGGGAGACAACAAGAAGG